UUCUCGUUUGUUUUUCAAUUUACCGGUCUUCCUUUGCUGUUUGGGAUUUCAUCCGUGCUCAAAACAGGGUGCCAACCGCAGCCAGUCCCAAACCAAACAAAUCAAGCCUUUGUUGUUGUUUGUCGCGAAUUACCCGCAACAAAAACCCACAACAAAAAACCCAAAAACCAACCUUGUGGCCAAGAUCUGUGUCAGUUUUGUGAUCGAUUUGCCUCGUGGCUUCCCCUGCGUUCCGUCAAGAUACCACUCGAAGAGAGCGUCCUGUUGGUAGCCACUGAGAAACCAAGGCAACCAACUGCUGCUGUGACUACUGAAGCGAAACAAACAAAAAAAACACUGGCUGCUUUUUUUGUUCGCUUCUGUUGCGGUUUUGACAGCACAUUCCCUGUCACGACAGCUCGUUUUUUUCCUACUCUUAUCUUUGUUAAAAAACCAUGAUUAGCUACCCGAACGAAAACUGCUCGGUGCCAUUCACCGGCCCGAAUUGCGACGAGACGUUUGCAGACUCGCUCGGCGCUUCCUUCACGGCGCUGCAAGCCACGUUCGCUUCCAUCUUCAUCGUGCUGGCGCUGUACAGCCUGUACAACACGUAUCUCAUCAUCAAGAAGACGGGAUUCUGCUUUGAAACCGAAAACUGCAUGCUGUACAUGUGCUCCAUCUCGAUGGUCAUUGGCGCUGUGCGCUCGGUGGACGCCCAAGGCUGGGCCGACAUUUACCCGCUUUGGCUGCCAUCGCUCAUGUACGACACGGGCUCCAGCGCCACCAUUACCAUCUGGCUGCUCUUGGUCGGCUCGUGGGCUGAUUUUGUGAUGCGUGCCGUGCUGGUCAAGCACAAGCGGUUUGCCCGAUUCCUCAAGAAGAUGCGGAUGGCAACGAUUGCGUACUGCUGGAUUUCGCAGUAUUUUGCCACUAUCAUCAUCUACGCUGUCAAGCCGUACUGGGCUGGCAAGCUGCUGCGAUACUGCCUCGCCAUUGUGAUUUUCGCCGUCUGGCUGUCGACGAGCUCCUACUUUGGCUGCAUCAUUCAUCGUGUGCUCCGAGAGGCGCAGCGCAAAUACGGCGACAUUUCCAGCGGCUCCGCGUCCGUCACGAAGGGCCAUUCCAUGACGUCGUCCGUCAUUGGAACAACGACGACGACGACGACGACCACGAAUGCGACCACCAAGAGCACGCCAGCGGACAAGCAAGACAAGGAAAUGCAUGCUCUCGCCCGCAAGCGCAGGCGGUUGGCGCUUCGACGCAUCGAUCGCCUGAACUUUUUGCUCCUGCUGCUCGAGCUGGCCGCCAUCAUUGUCCUCGCCGUCAGCGCAAACUCGUGGGCGACCGACAGGUACAACCUCGAGCCGCCAAACGUCGUUCCCCUGCCCCAGACGGCGGGCGACUUGAUCUUUGAGCACAUUUUCGACAUUCUGUACAUUCUUGUCGCCAGUGUGUGCCUCUGGUUUUACCGAGUAGAUCGGUCCAAGGGCGAGCGCAAGGGCGGCCCGCAGCAGUCGGAAUCGUCAGCCAACAUUACGGCGCACGACGAUGUCGAGUCAACGGUGAUGCCUUCAGACUCGCCGUUGCCAGUUCGUGCUGCCAGUAGUGGCCAAGCUACGCCGGUGCCCGUGCGAGCUGAUGCCGCGACGCCUGCUCCGCUUGAGCAAGUCACCGUGGUGCCGUCCGAGGCGACAGUCUCGAGCGCUUCUGUUGAGCAAGUCGAUGUGGUACCAUCCCAGGUCUCAGAAUAAGUUCAAAAGAGCCCCCCCCCCUCUAGCACAACAUGGAGUGAUGCACCAAAAAGCCACCUAAAACCAUUGUGAUUUAUUGUGAUUUUGAGUCGCUUGGCCUCCACUCAAUUCUCAUUCAUUUUGAAGCCUAAAGAGAGCCGAAAACAGCUUUAUUGAAAGAUCAGUCGAUCACAGUGUGUCGCGUU